AUGAGGCCUUCUGCUACUUGCUUCGCCCUUGGCGCAUUACUCAAUUUUUACGGUUGUGCUUGGGCGGCUUACACCUUAAAAGAUGACUACAGCGGCGACAAGUUUUUUGGAAUGUUCGAUUUCUUUACAGAGGCCGAUCCCACACACGGAUACGUUGACUACAUAUCACAGUCAGCAGCACAAUCAGCUGGUCUGAUAAACAACAACAAUAACCAAGUCUAUAUGGGAGUUGAUACAAAGAACAUCGCCUCAGGAAGAGGGCGAAAGUCGGUCCGCCUUACCUCAAAGGCGGUGUACAACCACGGCCUGAUCAUACUCGACCUUGAGCAUAUGCCUGGCUCAGUCUGUGGCACUUGGCCAGCAUUUUGGACUGUUGGACCGGAUUGGCCCAACAGCGGCGAGAUCGACAUUAUCGAAGGCGUGAAUUCUCAGACAUCCAAUUCCAUGGCCCUUCAUACAGGCCCAGGGUGCUCGAUAGCCUCAAAUACCUCACCCAACAAACGUGCUGCGUUAUUCUCCGGCUCAGUUGGCACACCAAACUGCGAUGUUAAGGCUCCUGGACAAGCUGCUAACGCAGGAUGUUCUAUCAAGACCUCGCAGACAUCGUCGUAUGGCAGCGGUUUCAAUGCUGGACAAGGAGGUGUUUAUGCGACUGAGUGGACAUCCAAUGCUAUCAGUAUCUGGUACUUUCCUCGAAACAGCAUACCAUCAGACAUCAACAGCUCUCCAGACCCUUCUACCUGGGGUAUACCACUCGCCUCCUUCACAAGCACCUCCUGCGACAUUGAUUCGAACUUCAAGAACCAGCAGAUCGUCUUCGACACAACGUUUUGUGGAGAUUGGGCAGGAAAUGUUUGGUCUACCGACGCAACGUGUUCGAGCAAAGCGCCGACUUGCCAGGACUUUGUUCAAAACAACCCAACAGCUUUUACCGAGUCUUUCUGGACCGUCAAUAGCCUCAAAGUUUUUACUGGUUCAGGAGGCAACGGCACUUCACCAAGCGCAAGUCGUCCAGCUUCAAGCGCACAACCGACCGCUAGCAGACCUCCUGUCAGUGGUAGCAGCGGUCUUCCUACCGCCCUGCCAAGUGGCACCGCACCACCGAUCGUACCCUCCAGCGUACCCGGCAGCAAGCCAUCCAACGCACCUUCGACGACCUUUGCCACGAGCAAGCAGACAUCAGCCUCAGCUUGGAACGGUGGUGGGUAUACCCGAACCUGGAGUCGCGGAGGAGGUCCGCGUGCGAAAUGGAAUAGCAAUACAGCCCGUGACAUUGUACCAGAAACUUCCUCGGCCGCGCCAGAACCUACCGUCACAUCCGUACCAGAGCUCGGACUGGAAGAACGUUCGGCAGUUCUGGACCAGAUCGAAGCCGACCAGACUCCAUCAGAAGUUGAUCAGAAUAUGGUCAGGAGACACAUGGCUCGUCACAAGAGGCAUGGAGGUCAUUUUGGAAAAUGA